AUGCAGCUCGCCAUUGAUUUCCUUCAGUCUUUUAUGUGCCUCUGCACUGACUACACCGAAAUCGACAUCCAUGUGAUUGUGUCGGAUUCCGGUGAAGCUGAUAUGUUCAAUAAUAUGUUGAACGGCCUGGAGGCCUGUGGAGAGAAAUUUGGCAUCUUCCCUGUACCGCCGAAGAACUUCAACGGACCGAAGCCGAAUAUCAAAAUCGUCAAUCUAUUCGACAUACUCCCACCAGUGUUCCACUCGUUGAUAAGUGAUGGCAUCACGAAGGAAGAUACAUCAGCGCUGCUUAGAGAACGUGGAAAGUACGAAUACCAAACGAUUAAAAAGUUGGCAGCAGCCCUGACGCUGGAUUACGACUACGGACUAUGGUUGGAUUCGGAGUCCAUCGCUGUGCAGCCGUUCAGCAUGCGCCAAACAUUCAACACCUACGUCAAAGCCCCAACAGUGUGGAGAUCAAGCCACACAAACCAUGACAUGAUGCGCGAUACAAUGAGGGCUUCGGCAGGUGUACUCAAUCGGCCGAUUGAUUCAUUUGGUCCGAAAUUUUGGAACUUGGAGAGUCAAGAGUGGGUAUUUGAGAAGGCUGUUCUCGACGAUCUCGUCCAGUAUGUCGAAAUGGUUCACAACCAGGACUUUUGGACAGCAUGGGCCACGCACGGCGCGCCGUUUGAGAUCACGCUUUACAACAUGCACAUCCAAUCAAGGAAGCUGGAGACUACCAACCCCAUGUUUACAAAGUACCGCAUUAUGGAGACGGAGCUGGAAAUGGAGAAGUACGGCGUGUGUCCACCAACCCACUGA